UUCAGCUUGUACUCAAACGAAACACGGGGGGAGGAACUUUGACCGGACCUAGUUAGCGGCCAGCUAGCUGUCUUCUGUGUUAUUUUCUUUAUUUUUGGUGUGUUGUUGCAUAUGCAGAGAGAUGUGGUUUAUUUAUUUGCUCAGCUGGCUCUCGCUGGUGAUCCAAAUAUCUUUCGUUACUCUAGCAAUAGCUGCAGGCCUGUACUACUUGGCUGAACUAAUAGAAGAAUACACAGUAGCCACCAGCCGAAUAAUAAAAUACAUGAUACUGUUCUCAACAGGUGUGCUGGCAGGCCUCUAUGUUUUUGAAGGCUUUCCAAUGCUGAUGGUGGGAGUUGGCCUGUUCACAAACCUGGUGUAUUUUGGUCUCCUGCAGACGUUCCCCUACAUACUGCUGACCUCUCCAAACUUCAUCCUCUCCUGUGCGUUGGUGGUGGUGAACCAUUACAUGGCCUUCCAAUACUUUGCACAAGAAUAUUAUCCCUUCUCAGAGGUGCUUGCAUACUUCACCAUCUGCUUGUGGGUGAUUCCGUUUGCCUUUUUUGUGUCGCUGUCAGCAGGAGAAAAUGUGCUUCCGUCUACCAUGCAGCAAGGAGAUGAUGUGGUGUCUAAUUACUUCACUAAGGGCAAAAGAGGGAAGAGGUCUGGGAUCCUUCUCGUGUUCUCUUUCCUGAAGGAGGCAGUGCUGCCCAGCAGACAGAAAAUGUACUAAGGAGCUCGGCCCCAGGGUGCAGCCUCGGGGGUCGGGGGUAUAUGUGUGUGUAUGUGUUGGAGGUCAAACUGAAGCAGGCCGGACUGUGGAAAAUUGUUUCUGGACGGGACUCAAAAUAAGCAGUGGCCAAAAGGGGAGAGAAGAGCACACACACACACAAAUAAAAGUUCGGACCAAUGAACAGAGCAGAGCUUCCUGCUGGACGAGCCAACGAGUUUACACAGGCCAUGUUUGUCUGUCUUUCUGUCUGUCUGCCAACAACACCUACAGGAGACUUCUUUGUGAGACUCCUGUCUGUAGCGCAGUGCUUUCUAAUAUCAUGUUGGACUCCAUUUUUUAAGCUUUAGGAUUAAAACAUGUACGUUCGGGGUUUGAAAUUAACAACCACUGGAAAACCUGUAAAUUUUGACUCGGGCAGAUAAAUCAUCUGUUUUCUUUCUUGAAA